GGCAUGCUACAGCUUCUGUUCCAAAAUCCAAGUCAAAGAAGAAGGCAAAGAAAACAAAGUUCAAAUCUUUGAAGAAAGGAGGUCUAGCUUCUGAACCUCAAGCUUUAAAGGACGGGUCUUCAAUAGAGUUGAUGACCAUAGAUGAUGAUGUUCUAUCUAGUGAUCCAGUUACAACGCCUGAUUCUGCUCAAGAGAGAAAGCGUAAACUAGCAACGGGUGAUGAGGAUGUGAAAAGCGCGAAGAAGUCUAAAAAAUUGAAGAGGUCCUCUGAGGUAUCUUCUCUGGUAAUGCAUUCAUCUUAUCAUGGCAAGCAUUCAUCUUAUCAUGGCAAGCGGCCGGUUGAAUCUAAAGAAUUGAAGCGGUAUGAUGGUGGCACCGUGGAUGUCGAACUCAGACCAAUAAGCAGAAGCAGGAUGGGAGGGAAAAUCUCAAUCAGUUCAAUGCCUGUAAAGCGAGUUCUUACUAUUAAAUCAGAAAAGCCGAUUAGGAAAGGUAAACUAUGGUAUAAAGAUUAUUUUCCAUCCGCUGAUUCAUGGUUGCCACAAGAGGAUGCUGUACUUUGUGCUUCUGUUCAUGAGUAUGGUCCUCACUGGAGCUUGGUGAGUGAUAUCUUGUAUGGAAUGACUGCUGGCGGAGUUUAUAGAGGAAGAUAUCGUCACCCUGUUCUUUGUUGUGAAAGGUACAGGGAACUUAUACAGAGAUAUGUGUUAUCUGCGACAGACAUUGUAAACGAUAGAUCCAACAAUGCUGGCUCUAUAAAAGGUCUUCUCAAAGUGACUGAGGAAAAUGUCCGACUGGUGUUAGAUAUUGCAUCAGAGGUUCCAGAUCAUGAGCCCCUUGUUCAAAAGCAUUUCUUUGCCCUUCUUUCCUCUGUGUGGAAAAUGUCAUGCCGGAAAAGCCAGACAAAUGCGUUCUCAUCUUCCCAGAAUGGCUUCUAUCAUUCUGGAAGUUUGUUUACACCAACUUUGAACCUUGUUUCUACGAAGGGACCACUGGAAAAGAGAUUUUCUAAUAUAAGUAUAUGUGCCAAGUUAGUAGCAGCUGCUCUCUCUGACCAGCAGAGUGCACAAAGUGAUGAGAGAGUCUCCAUUUGUGACCAGAGAGAAGAAGCUUCUUUUCCUGCUGAGCAGUUGGAUGUUACACUGGAAUUUGGGGCAGAGAAAGAUGAUAAGACAAUUCCCUUGCCAUCGCCUGUAACUGUUAAAAUACGUGGUCCUGAAUCCCCAUUGCCUCCAAGAAUGAUGAUAGCUGAGCAUCAUCAUUUCAAGUCUUCCCUGAAUGUGGCUGAAAACCGGUUCUGGGCUGCAUCAAGUACUGAAGGUUGUUUGGAUUGGGCUUCUCUUGCUUUUCCUGUUGGGGAUGCCAAGUCACAAACUCCAUUGAAAUCACAAUUUUUGGGGAAGCACAAGCUCUCUGAUUCUGUGAAAGUUUCCAAAUCAAAGUCCAGAAAGAUUCCAAUGGAAUCUAGUGAUGUUGGUCAGACCAAGGAUCUAGUUAUCCUGCCAAUGCCAUCUGCAUCUAAUGAUUCCUGUGCAAGAGCUGAUGUGGGAUUAUCGUUCCUCACAGAACGUGGACAUGAUUUUGAAGACAGGACCUUGUUUGACCUAAAUUCAGAAUUUAACUUGGGGAGCGAGGAUGUAUUCCAACAUGAAUAUGUUCCUGACUUCAUAUCGGGACUUGACGAUUGGUCAGUGUUUCCAGAAUUCACGGAUAUCGGGUAGAUACCAAAAUGUGAACUAUGAUAUCACCUGGGAGUAGUGGCAAUUUGCUCUAAUCUUGGAGGCAAGAAACCUCUCGGGCACCAAGGCUUGGGAUCAUGAAGGUGCUCUCAGGGUUCGAUAAGGCAGGAAAAAUCUCGUUUGUUGGAUGCCGAUGAAGAGACAAUUGGUUUGCCGUGGCAGCAGUUUACAUGCCUGGACAUUGAUGGCCAGAGGUAUUUGGUGGACAUGAAAGACGUAGGAAAAUGUAAAAAUAGCAAUUGAUGUAAGUAGGGUGUAGGCUGCUUAAUUUUUUCAUUUAGUGGGAAAUUUGUGCUCGCAAAAUUUUGGAGGAUGCAGUCAAAUUCAUUUGUGUAGGCACACAAUUUCCCUCUUAGCUUUCGGAAAAGUUAGCUGUUUAGUGAUCUAGUCAUUGAAAGGAAAGGUUAUUUCUACACUUUCUGUC